UUGGUUGCAGGUACACAACAUGGGAAACAAACUGACCACGACUCCAGCGACAAUAUCUGAUCCUCCUCCUCCUUACAGCAUCAGUGUGCCGACACUCCCUCCAAAUGUGCCACAGCCUCUUUAUGACAACAACAACCCACUACCUCAGACCUCAAAACCCGCGGCUCAGGUGGUGUCGACGCAGGCAUUGCCACAGGAAGCUCCUGGACUGAUGUUCUGCCCUUUCUGCCAGACCACAGUGGUCACCACAGCCAAAAGUGUCACUGGAAGCCACCAGUGGCAUAUUUGUAUUUCCCUUUCAUUGGCAUUCCUCUUCUGUUUUGCCUGGAUCCCAUUCAUGGUUGAUGCCUGGAAGGAUGUGGAGCACAGCUGUUCCAGGUGUGGGCGAGUCAUACACAUCUACAGAAAAUGACGAGGCAGUCUGAGCUGUAAUUGUACACCCUCAUGUUAACACUUGGUGGUGAUCAGUGAAUAUCGCAGUUGCAUUCCAAUAACAGUAACACCAUCUUCAACCAAAAUUUCUAUGUUAAUGUUAAUGUUAAUUUCCAUAAUCACGUUCAGUGUCUCUGCUUCAUUCUUCUGCUUCAUUGAAGAAGAGAAAUGUACUAUUGAACACUGUACACAGACUGUGCAAUAUAAGAACCCUAUGAUGGUCAUAAUUAUGUGCGGGUGAAAUAUUUUCUUGAGUACAUUGUGGUGUGUGCUGAGUGCUGAUGGCUUUGUG